GUCUCUGGUCUCUGGUCCCUGGUCCCUGGUCCCUGGUCUCUGAUCCCUGGUCCCUGGUCUCUGGUCUCUGAUCCCUGGUCCCUGGUCUCUGGUCCCUGGUCCCUGGUCUCUGGUCCCUGGUCUCUGGUCCCUGGUCCCUGGUCCCUGGUCCCUGGUCCCUGUGACAUAUUUGAUGCCAUGUUCCCUGUCAUGCACAUUGCGGGAGAGACAGUUAUUCAGCAAGGUGAUGAAGGAGACAACUUCUAUGUGAUUGACCAAGGAGAAGUGGAUGUAUAUGUGAACGGAGAGUGGGUGACCAGUAUCGGGGAGGGGGGCAGCUUUGGGGAGCUGGCCCUGAUCUACGGGACCCCCCGAGCCGCCACCGUCAAGGCCAAGACUGACAUGAAGCUGUGGGGCAUCGACCGGGACAGCUACCGACGCAUCCUCAUGGGUAGCACACUGAGGAAGAGGAAGAUGUACGAAGAGUUCCUGAGCAAGGUCUCCAUCCUCGAGUCUCUGGACAAGUGGGAGCGUCUGACUGUAGCUGAUUCUCUGGAGCCAGUCCAGUUUGAGGACGGGGAGAAGAUCGUGGUACAGGGAGACCCCGGAGAUGACUUCUUCAUCAUCACAGAGGGGGCUGCCUCUGUUCUCCAGCGUAGAUCUGACAAUGAGGAGUACGUCGAGGUUGGUCGUCUGGGGCCAUCCGACUACUUUGGUGAGAUCGCCCUGCUGCUGAACAGGCCGCGGGCGGCCACAGUGGUGGCCCGGGGACCCCUGAAGUGUGUGAAGCUGGACCGGCCCCGCUUCGAACGGGUCCUGGGGCCCUGCUCGGAGAUCCUAAAGAGGAACAUCCAGAGAUACAACAGCUUCAUCUCUCUCACCGUGUGAGGGGCCACCGGGGGCCAAAUGGGGAGGGAAAGGUGUGGAUGGGUGGGGCAGGGGGGUUCUGCUGACAGGGCUUCUUCCUGACUUUUUUUCUUUUGGCUCUGUUCUUCUAAUUCUGAUCUUCUUCUUGUCCUUCACUUUGACCUGUACUGUCUCUGUAGCUCUAUGGAAAUGAACAAUGAAACAUGUGGGAUGAAUGUGGCGAGGACGGACACACAGUGUGGAUGUACUUUAAAUGGCUCAUAUGUUACAGGGGUCAUAUAUGUUUACUGAAUAUGAUACAUGCUUGGAGAAUGCAAUGAAUGGAGGUAGAUUGCACUUGUAUGUAUUUUAUGAGGAAAACUAUAACAGAGGAGGGGUGGGGUAAUUCAGGAAGGGAAGUCAUGAAUUCAGGAAGUGAUGUCAUGUUUACGUACAGCGAUGGAGGAAGUUGGGUGUCUUUGCACGCUGGUUGUAGUUUUUUGCCUUUUCGCUUUAGGGUCCUGGUCGUUGGUCCGUGGUUGCCAUUUCUACGUCAAAUCAACCCACUACCUGAUGACACAGGCCUUUGUUACCUAAAAACUAGAGGUAGACGUAAAAACAACUUUUAUUCUUGUCUGUUUCAUUGAUCUCAAUGCUUUUUAACUGUACUUGUGUUGCUGGUACGAAUGACGAUGGGGUGUUUGUUAGACGUUAUAUUUUAAAUAGGGGUUUUAUUGAUGGAUGCUGCAAAUGUGCCAUGUGAAGGAGUGUGGCUUUUAUUUUGUAAAGAUACCUCCAUUCUGAUGUUUUAUCUCAAUCUGAUUCUGUACAUUGUUCCAAAGGCGCAAUAGUGUUUGUUAGAUUAACACACAGACACACACACUCUCUCAAACACAUAACACACAGACACGGUCACACACUAACAGACACACACAUGCACAUGUACACACACAUACACAAACACACACGUUCUGACAUACACUCAUACAGGUGGAUAUACACACACACAUACUCACACACACACACACAAACACACUCACACACACACAAACAUACUCACACACACAUACACACACACACAAACACACUCACACACACACACACACACACACAAACACACUCACACACACACACUCUCUCAGGACUAUAAAUUCAUAAUACAAAUGUCUUACACUGGAUGCUUUUUCAGCUGAUUUUGGUCUGUGUUAAAUUGAUUGGUGAGAUAAUUUUCCAUCACUUUACAGUUCUUAGCUUUUGGUGAAUACAGCAGUUUGUUUAAAUUGUUUUGAUGAUGUUGAUUUAAAUGUUAUUAUAAAUGUUUAAACCAGAGAAAUAGACAAAGUCAUGUUACUCUCUUUCUAGGUCAUUGGAGAUUGUGAUCUCUAUCUCAAUUCAAAGUUGCACAAUAAUUGACCAAUGGCAGAUGAUGUCCAAUGGAGCUGACCUAUAGAACAGCAUCUUUCUGUAUUCCACACUCUCAUUGGUUCUCAUCAUAUUAUUCCAUCCUUUUCAGCAAAUAAAUACAAGCUUCUGAACUCCA